GUAAUGCUAGAACAAAUGUAUGUUGCUUGACAGCUUGGAUUUGAGAUCUCUAUGCUAGUGUAUUUGUCACGCCCCAUAACUCAAAUCCGAGGACGUAGCAGACGCCGUACACUCGUGAAAGGGUCCCACAAAUGCACAAGGUUCGGAACUUAUCCAAUUCACAAUCUGAUACCAUCAAAAUCUAAAGAUCAAAUUUUAUAAUCUGCUUUGAUAUCAUAAAAUCUCCAAAUACACUCUAGUUUACAAGAUCAUGAUUAUAUCUAAAAUCUAUAUCAAUCUUGAAAUGGCUAGCUUUCUAACUCGUCACUUCCCGUGGUUUCCCCGUCCUUGGUUUCGUUUCUUAAAAUAGUGAACAAGGAAAAACUAUGAAAUAAACUUAGUAAGUAAAUAUGGAGUGCCCCUUAUUAAACUUAUAGCAUGCCAACAAGUGUAAUCACGAAAAACAGAUACAGUACGGGAACGAAAUAGACGUCUCCUCUAUAGAUCACGGCCAGUAUUAUAAACCUCUCAUUGGCAGGCACACUAUUUGCUGGUGUAUAAUCCCCACUAGCAGGGUCACUCGUACGAACAGGCUCUAUCAGAAACAUGUCGACAUGUGCUAACGUUUAACCCCCACUAGCAGGAUCAUUAAUAACAUAACCACAUCGGAGACAAAACAUGCUGAAGUUAACAGAAAAAUCAUAAUUUACGAAUCACUUUCAAAUCAUCAGGACAAUCAAUUAAACUUUCAAGUAGGCAUGCUCAAUUUAAUGAAAUGCAUAAAAAUUU